AUUUAGACUUUUUUUGUGCUUUUUUGUUCCAUUUAUCUAUUCUUAAAAAAAAAAAAAAAUGCUGACACAAUUGCCAAUUGAAAUCAUUGGAAAAAUUCUAGAGCUAUUAUCUCGUCAAGAUAUCAGUCGUAUUACGGUUACUUGUAGAACUUUGUAUAAUAAAACUGUACCAUCUCUUUACGGUCAUUUAGAACUUGGACAUCAUGUUCACAUGCGACAAUUGCAACAAGGCAUUGUAUCAAACCCGUCUUUGAAACAAACUAUUCUUUCGCACACUCGCCAGUUAACGCUACGAUCACGACAAAAUGGAAACAAUUGGCGCAUUCAAGAUUUAAAAAGUAUUUUGGGUCCGUCUUCAAGAAUCACCACGUUAAUUUUUAGCGAUUUUCAUGCAUUAUCUACCGACAUGAUUCAGCAUACCGUAUCAAUUUUACCUAAACUUCAACAUGUUCAAUUUAAAUAUUGUCAUCUUGUGUACAAUCCAAAACAAACGCUACUCAGUAAUCGUAGACAAUGUCUUGGUCUAAAGAAUACAACGACGUUUAAUAAUGAUCUAGUAAACCAAGUUGCGUUUGUCUGGACAGACUUUACUCAAAAAUCAAUACUUUUUUCAUUGUUUCCCAAAAUAACUCGACUUGAAUUGGGAUCAAAUCACAACAAAUACGAUACAAUCAAUGGAUUUAUGGUUCAAUCUCUGUACGAAAAUUGUCCACACAUUACACAUCUGACCAUAACUCUGCCACAAGUCAGCAGUUCUAUUUUGUGUAACACGAUUGCCAAAUAUGGAACACAAUUGCAACACCUUUCCAUUCGCUGUGACAAUGCUUCGACGCUUAAAGCGAUUGCAACUUAUGCAACUGAUAUCAGAAGCUUGAUAAUUCGUGUUACAUCGGAAGAUGAAGACUUAGAUAACUCCAUGAUAACGUUGAUAAAAAACUGUUCCGCUUUACAACGUUUUGAAAUCGUGUCCUGCCAACUUGAAAAUCAUGUUCCUAGUAUCGUUUGGAAGUCAGUUGGCGGGGAAAUGGCGCAACAAAUGCUACGUAAAAGAGAGACAUCAUCUCAUACACCAUCUUAUAGAGCUUUUGGGCAAGGGAACAUUUGGUUUUAUAUCGUUUCUGAAGAGGCUUUACAGCAACGACAUAAUUAUAUAAACUCUUUACCAGAAUCUAAAAAAGCACGCGAUUUACAGACACUAGUUCUUACAGACGAUAUUUUAACAAAAACAAGACUUUUAUCCCCUAGACCAGAUGCUAUUUAUCAAGAUCUGAUGAUUUCCAAAAAAUGAUUUGUAUUAUUUAAAGAACAAGAAAAUAUUAAAAGAUAUAUAAUUAAU